GGUGCCGAUGAUGAACCAAGGAGGAGCCGUCUGUGUCAGCACGCAUUUCUUUUGAUACGGCUAGAACUUUCCGAGUUAGAUUGCCUGGAACUUUAGUCUCAACACCGAUCCUGCUCAUUCGAGAAACUUCCAGCCCCUUUUCCAUACGUCAUCAAACGGAUUCCUAAAACCCUGUGGGCCGUAGCUAUAAAAUGGCACAGUUCACAGAACCAAGAAGCUUGUACAUGCAGAAGACGCCGUCACCAAUGGUACAGAUGGCCACUAACGACCCAUUGCCCCCAGGAUGGGAGAUUAAAAUUGACCCUCACACUGGAUGGCCGUUUUUCGUUGAUCAUAACAAUCGCAUAACAACCUGGAAUGACCCAAGACACGACAUUAAAAAGGAUAAACAGGUGUCCUCUAACGGCCCCUGCAUGCCUACAGACCCUGUUUCCCAGGAGGCGCAGAAGAGCUUUGUUAAAUACCCCAUCCUGCGGCAGGGGUACAUACCCAUCCCUGUUUCCCAUGAAAAUGUAGACCUCUGGCGGCCACAGCAUUCAGGGCACUCAUUUGCUCAGCCAGCCCCCAUGCAGAGGAUUUGGGCAGAGGGACGGACCCCUUCUCCCACGCCAGCUCAUACAUGCCGGCCCAGGUCUCCUGUCAGGUUCCCUGUGGAGGGGUGUGACACGCACAGUGGCCAGGGUGUGGCCUCCUCGCCAGGCUCUCAAGGAUCUGAGAUUCCCUCCCAUGGAGCUGGUCACCAGUCUGCUCGCUCCUCCAGCACAGGCCUGCAGCUCCAGCCAGGCUACAUCCCCAUCCCUGUCAUCCAUGAAGGGGCUGGGUGUCAUCAGCAGGUUCCGCUAAACCCAAACAUGCACUCCCAGCGUUUCCCCCAAGCUGAGCCCACCUUUCAUCGAGUGCAGCCUGAGGAGUGGACCACUCCAGCUGGGCCUGUGCAGCCUCCCCAGGACAGACCCAUCCGUGAAGCCCCCCCCAUGCAGUUUCCAUCUCAUGUGAGAACGCAGUCACCAAUCAGGGCACAGGUCAUGGGAGAACGGCCUGAGGUUCAACAGGAAGACACAGCUCCUCCUGCCAUCAUGGAGGACAUGAAUGUCUUGUCCCAGGCUGAGGUUCCAACGGCUUCCCACGCUGCUCAGCAGCAGCCUGAGAGGCAGGAGAAGACAGAGGUCAGAGUUCACGUCCAAGAGAAACCUGAACUUCAGGAAGCAAUGGCUACUCCACCAGAAGCUGUGCCUCAGAAAACAGAAGAACCGUGCCCAAGUCACCCAGGCCUAGCCAAGGUGCAACAGAUUCUAGAGAGAGUAAAUGGACUGGAACAGGAAGUGAGAUGUUUUGAUGGCAAAAAGAACGACAAAAGGUAUUUGAUGUUGGAAGAGCUUUUGAUGAAAGAACUGCUGGCCUUAGACUCUGUGGACCCAGAGGGUCGGGUGGAUGUGCGGCAGGCCAGACGGGAUGGCGUGCGAAAAGUUCAGAGCCUGCUAGAAGGACUGGAGGUGAUGGGCGAGCAGUCAGAGCAGGCACUCAGUAAGAACACAGCAGAGGGCAUGUCUCAGGCAGGGGAUUGCAGCACUGAUCAGGGUGCCCAGGUGGAUGUGGGAAUAGAAAAGGAGAGUUCAUAAACAGAGCAAAAACAAAAGAUAUGAGCAAUUGCCUUGAGCUGCCACAACCUCCCUUCAUAUUCCUGUAUUUUUUAAUAUCGUAUAUAUAUCGUUUAUAUAUUAAAUUAACAUUGUCCUGAAAAUUUUAUGUGAAGGCAUUGACAUACUGGAGUCCAAGCAGGCGGGAGUUUAUUUUUAAAACUUUACAGUGAUAAAUUUCUUUAGUUACCUGAAGCAGGCAGCAUGGACAGAACCACUGGACUCAAAUUAGAUCAUUUCCACAACAGAACAUGUCUCUGUUUUUAAAACUGCCUACUGUACCAGACCACUCUGAGUUGUUGCAGUGGUUUUCCACUUUAUUAGUUGGCAUAAAAACUUUUUGACAGGUAAAUAACCUACAUGAAGGUUCAACAUGAAGCUUCCUUACAUUGUGGAGAUAGCUGACAUUUAUUUUCAAAGCAUUUCUCUAGUUAGCUAGUUUGGGAAUUGCAUUGCCUUGUGCAGUCCUGCUGAGCCAGAGUUCUCUGAAGAUUUUCUCAGGUGCGGUGAGGUGUAGCUCCAAGGGGUGUUUUUUUAGUUCAUUUGGGUGUUCAGAGCACUCAGUGCUUGAUGACUAAUUGUCAGUCAGAACCUGCAGUUCCAUUGGCUUGCUUGCAAACCAAGUUAGCCCCUUAGUUUGAUAGUUGUGCUGAAUUAUGCUUUUUACAAUAGCAAGCCAACUUCAGAUCAUGUUAAAAUAGAUAGUUAGUAAGAUUAGCCAGAUUGGCUAGCUAAUAUUUCAGACAUCAAGUCAGUGCAUGUGUUAGCAUGUGUCAGCCGCAGCAUUCUGCCCACAUUUAGUUCCUGACUUGGUUUCACUGCCUGCCCUCCUCCAGUAUUUGAAUGGCCUAACCUUAUUCAAUGAAGUGUUUCACGAUGUAAAACAAAAUUUUCCACUUUCACCAUGGAGUGCCACCUUGCAGGAUCAGUGAUCACCUUGCAGUGAUAGUUUUGUCAUCUUGAUUCAAAGAGUCAAAGGGGCACAUGCAUGAAAAUACCAAGUGAUGCUUGACCUGAGACACACAAAUACUCGUUUUGAAAAUGCACAUUUCCAGCAGUUUUGGCCAAGAAUAUAGAAGUACCAAAUACCCUCCUCCCAUGCAAUUUGGAUAGUAUUACCAUAGCUUAAACCUGACCAUGUCUGCAGACAAUGCCAACUAAAACAGCACCCCUCCUUGGAAUUACCAUUGAAGCAUAGCACCAGUGCAAAGCAAAGCAUAGUCAUGUUGAUUAGGGAGUGGCACAAAUGCAUUUUCAAAAUGCCUGGUAAUUUAAAGGGAUUGUUAUUAAUACUGCUGUGUUCUCCCUCUCUGUGUAACUGUUACAGAAUUUAAACUCUGAUUUGUCAUUUCAACAGCAAGGAAUGGAAUUCUGAAAUCUUUUUUGUUUGCCAUCAUUUCAUACCUAUGGAAAUAAAUUUGAAAGUGGAACUAUUUUGGCAGAAAGAUACUACAGUCUUAUGCAUGUGCCCCAUUGUAUGUUUUAGAAGUGAAGAAUCCAGAUGAGGCCUAUUUUCAACAGCCAAUGCAGUUUUGUUAUUUAAUAAUGGGAGAUGACAUCCAGCUCUAAAUAACAUUUCUGAUUUAAUAUUCAUGCACUUUAAAAAAAAUCCUAUUUUGUAGUGUUUCAGUUUCU